AUGUGGACCUUUUUGUUCAAAUGUCCACAAGCGAAAUUGGAAAAUACCAUGGAUAAGCCUUUUACCAACAACUUGACUUUUAAUGAGCGCAAAGCUCUGAGAGAACUAAGAGAGUUGGAUAAUGUCAUUAUAAAACCCGCCGACAAAGGUGGUAACAUCGUAUUACUUAAUCAGGACAAUUACAUCAAAAUGUGCUUUUCACAUCUGAAUGAUCAAUCCGGUUAUAAUAUUCUCCCCUCUGAUCUGACUGAGGAUUACAUAAAAGAAUUUGAUAAUCUUUUAUCUAGAGCUUUGCAACAACAGGUCAUUAACUCGGAUGGAUACAAAUACCUAUUGCCUCACAGAAACCCCACCACAGCAACUUUGUACUGUUGGCACACAAAAGAAGGAGUUGCUUCACAGAAAAGUAUGGGAAGACGCAUGGGACCUGGUACAGAAAAAAACCCAGCUGGCAUUGCAAGGACCUAAAUGUUACACACCAGAAAUGAAUCAGUUUGUAGAUCAGUAACGUUUUUAGUGGGUAGAUCACACCAAACCUACUUUCCUGCUGUUGAUUUCUCUUCCCUUCCUCUCUCCUAAUCUAUUCUUCCUUUCUGUCCUUCUCAUAAAAUGUAUGAAGCAAAGUAGGGACUAUUUGCAGUGAUUGGCAAGACCAGGCUAUUACUUGAUGCCUUACUAGUAAGACUGUCUACAAGUCCCCCCAGAUAAGCAAUCAUUUAAACGAGUACAUGCCACAUUUGCAACAUGAUUGCUGGAAUUUAGAGUACUGCCAUUGUGUUGUAACAGGCAUGGAACUGUUGUGACAGCUAAUCAAUGAAAUUUUAUUAUUUAAAUUACAACUGAAUGCCCAUCAAAUUUGACUCUAAAAUUUCCCUAAACCAAUUGCAAACAUAUACAUGCAAGCUAUUUAUGUUUAUGAGACAUUAAAGGACCACUAUAGUGCCAGGAAAACAAACUCGUUUUCCUGGCACUAUAGGGUCUUUAGGUCCCCCACACCCUCAGGGUCCCACUCACGCUGGGCUGAAGGGGUUAAAACACUUACCUUUCUCCAGCACCAGGCUCCCUCAGCACUGGGAAUUCUCCUCCGACGUCAGCACUGAAUGCGCUUGCAUGGCAAGAGCCGCACGCGCAUUCAAACCUCCCAUAGGAAAGCAUUUUUCAAUGCUUUCCUAUGGAUGUCCAGCGUCUUCUCACUGUGAUUUGCACAGUGGAAAAACCUCCCAGUCACCAAAGAACUUGCUCUUACCUCCUCUAAAUUGAAAUCUUAUUGGAAAAGUGCAUUCUUCUCCUUCUGUCCCAGCUAAAAGUUGUUGUUUGUCACCUAUUUGCUUCUUUGCUUUCUUUCAAUGCUAUUUGCUUUGUAGUAUUGCUUUUGGUAACAUAUGACUUCAAAUAAUUAUAAUUAUACGACAAGAUCACCCAGUUGUAAUAAUACUUGUAUACAGACUGCAACGCAGUUUUUUAAAGUUUUUUUGUCUCUUCCUUUUUUCACAAAUCUAAUAUCACAGCUGUGAAUAUACUAGUUUUUGUUUUCUACACCACUCUCAGUAAUUGCAUAUUUGUGAAAAUUAUUUAAAAGCUUAUCAUCCCCACUUGCAAACGGAAUACUGAUUGUGCACUGUCAAAUAUACUUUGACUCAUCCCUCACUUCCUUCCAGAUGUACAUCAAAUCAAUAAAGAAUCUUAUCAGAACAUGAUGGAUGCAACUGUUCUAACGUAUCUGAGACUAGCAUGGCGUUAUAAUGACGUAAAUAAGGGCUCUAUUGAUUGGGGCCAGUGUAUAAAAAGACUGAACUUUGCAGAACCGUUGAUUCAACAAGAGGAAAAAAACAUUAUAGGUCUUUUGGAAGCCCACUAACAGGUACAUUAAACAGAAAAAUAUUAUAAUAUCACAAGGCAAUAUUUAGAAAGUAAGUUUAAGACUGGGAAACUGCCAUUAUAUAAUAUCUGCCUUCUUGGUGUUUAUUUUCCAAAAUACAGAGUGCUGUGUAAUAUAUAACUUGCAUGCGGGUGAAGUGGGUUGUUCUAAGAACAUUUGUGGGAUUGUGCAUUGAUUAGACCCCUAUGUUGAAGAGCUUCAAAAGAAAUGUUAUGAUUGAUUCAGGAAGAUAGGAUUUUUGAUUAUACGACCGCUCGUUUUCAUUUCAAUUUAUCUAAAUUUUCUUCACCAAAAAGAUAUCUAAUAAUACAACUCAUAAUGGCUAUAAAAGUAGUGCUAGCAAGAUUUUGGCUGCAGCAAAAGGUCCUUAAAUGGUCUCAGGUGCUACUUCAACUUCAAUACCAAUAAACUAUGGAAAGCAGGAGGAGGCUCAGCUAUAGAACAAAGAUAUCUUCAGUGGUUAGGAACCUUAAUCUAGUUAAACCUUUAUACUUUAAAUUUUAAUCUUAAUUCAUGUAUCAUGUAUCUAUUGGUAAGUUCAUUUUAAGGGGAAAGAAAGAAGGAGCAAGCUAAGGGAAAGGGAGAGAAAAAGAAAGGAAAGGAGAAAGAAGGGAGAAAAGAUUCCAUAAGUACAACAGCAACACUCUGUAGGGCUACUGGUUGUCCACACCAAAUGUUCAUUUAUGAAAUGCUAGAUAACAUAAUCAUUUAUGCAUAUAUAAUGUUCAAUUCGGUAUAUGUAUUGUUGUAUGUUCUGUUUUGUAUUACUUACUAUCUAAAGGGAAAAAAAAUGAAAAGAACUAUAUUUUCUGAUAAUUAAUAUAAUUAUCAAAAAAAUAACUUGCAUGCUAAGUUAUUCCUUUGUUUUCCUUUAGGAUGCAUUUUGGUAAGAGCUUGUUGGUCUUCUCUGCCAUUAUCAUCUGUGCCUCAGCUGCACAUUUCCUUGAACAAGAAUGGAACCUAUGGAAAUCCGAAUACGGUAAAUUUUGUCAACUCAAUAUACAUAUGCUUACAUAAAUAUUGUGUACGGUGGCACUCGUGUCGAGGUACUACAAAAGAGCACACAAUGACUGAACUGCACUUUUGAGUCACAUAAGAAUUUUUUUUAAAUUGCCUGUCAUUGGUUUACCGUUUUUAACAAAAAUAUGACAUGUUAAAAGAUAUUGCUACUAGGUUGCUAAUAUUUUAUGUUACAAAUAUAAAUACCAGGAUACCUCAUUUAAUUUUUAUAUAUUGCCUUCUGCCUUUCGAUCAAUUAAAAGAUACAUUUGAUUUAAGUCUACUUGAUGCCCCAACACAUGAGAGACUCAAGAUAACAAUUAGAGAACAUGUUCCUCUUUCCGAUCAGGAAUCCGAACGUGUUGAAAUUAGAUAUGACAAAAUUAGAAAAAAUCUAUUUAUUAGAUCCUGGUCAGAAACAAAGCAUCUCCUUGUUUUAAAAUAUUUUUGCAGGUGAUAAGACUAAUUACAUGUUGAGGUGGGAGAGUGAGCUGGGUGGGAUAUACAUCGUAGAGGAGUGGAAUUAAUUUUUAUUAUUGUUAAAAGGUAUCACUCAAUGUGCAAACCAUUAGGAAUCCCAUUAAAAAUGAAUUUAUAGAUGGUACCUAACCCCUUCCAAACUUUUUAACAUGCAACUUAGCGAGAAUAAUACAUGCUGGAGAGACUGCGGUCAAAUUGGUACAUUACUCCACGUCUUCUAUUUGUGUCCCAAAAUUUUAAAUUAUUGGCUGAAAAUUCUCAAAUUAAUUUAUCACAUAUACGAAUUCGAUGUAAUAUUAUCCCUGUGUCUAUGUCUCUUUAAGAAAUCUCCAUCUAACCUGCCUAGAUACAAAAAAAAUGCUAAUAAUUGCUUAAUAAUGCAAAUUGAUUUACAAACUUAAAAACAAGCAGCAAAUAUACACAGAUUUUAACAAAAUUAUUAAAAUUGUUUUUUAUUUUUUUAUUUUAAAGGCAAUAUUUCAAAGGAUAUUUAUGAAACAAUUUUUAUGAAGUGAAUAUUAUUUGUAUUUUUUUUUUAUAACACAAAGGGCAAAUAAAAAUCAGGUUUCCCUAAUUGCGCACGUUCGUCUUUACUUUGCAACUGAUUCAAUUUACUCAUGCUUGCAAAAUAUAUUGAUAGACACAAUGCUUUUGCGUUAAAAAAGUCCAAUAAUAUUACAAAUAUGAAAUAAGCAAGAUCAAAUAAAUAGAAAGUGUGUUAUGUUUAUUUGUAGGGCAUUAACCAAUUUUAUAUUCUUUUGCAUAUUUGAUUGCAUUUCAGAUUGUCAAUCUUUAUCCAUUUUUUGAGGUUUUUUUUAUUUAAUUUGCCAAAUAAAGCCUUUAUUUGUGUCUAGAUCUUACAUGUAAGAUGGGAAUAUUUUGCAAACAUAUACAGUUUUACUGAGAAAGCUCUCUCCCAAAUGUUUCCCAGCAUACAUUAUGCUUAAGGAGAACAAUACAUUUAAGAAUUUGUAACAGAAACAGAAUAUAUCAUAAUAGACCUGAAAAAAAAUAUUUAUUAGUGAAUAUUUCACAUAUAAGUUGUCUGCAUUCUCAUGGCUCUUAAACAGAAAAUGUAUUACGCUACCACUUGUGUACCUAUCACUGCCUUAGAAUUAGGAAACCCAGGUUUGAAUCCCACCUUACCAGUAAGACACCUGACACUACCUGCCUGCCUCAAAUCUUCAUAGAUUGUAAGCUUGUUUGAACAGGGCCUUCUACACCUCUAAAUAUCCUAUAUCUACUAUAAUUGUAAAGCGCUAAGGAAUAUUUUGCAGUUACAUAAAUUAUAACAUUGCUAGUAUGUUAGGGAUACACAUAUAUAUAUAUAUAUAUUAUUUUAUAUAUAUAUAUAUAUAUAUAUAUAUAUAUAUAUAUAUAUAUAUACAGAUUUAUUUAAAGAUAAUAAAUUGUGCUGUGAUCUUUUCAUUGUUAUAUUUUAUGGCAGGCAAAAAAUAUGUCACACCAGAUAGUGAGCUGUUUCGCAGGAAAGCAUGGGAGGCAACAUGGGAUAAGGUGCAGAAACACAACAAGCUGGCCGACCAAGGUCUUAAAAAUUUUAGACUGGCAAUGAACCAAUUUGCAGAUAUGGUAAGCGCGCAAAUUUGAAACAAUUAUGGUAGCAAAAUGAUCCAUGUAAAGUGGAACUGAUAUGCUAUUUUUCAUUAAGUUUCCAUUUUCUUAUGAACAUGGCAUGAUUAUGAUAAAUUAUUACACUCCUCCAUUUAUUAUACUGAUAUAUUAUUAUACUACCCCCCAUUGGCAGGAGAAAUAAUGAGAUAAAAAAUAUCCAGGUUCAAAGACAAUUUAUUUACUUUAACAACACACAACUUUAAAAAAAAUGCUGUACAUUUAUAGCACACACUAUAUUCCAUUAAGAAGCCAAAGUCCCGUACCAUGCACAUAUACUAAGUCCAAAUUGUGAUAGGAGCCCCACUGGUCACAACUCCUGGAGGCUCCUAAACCUCAUGUAGAAGUGUGGAUAAAGUGGAUGUGCUGAAAAGUCCUUUGUGUAGUGUUGCUUGCUGCACUACGCGUUUCGUCACAGUGCGGUCAACUUCCUCAGGAGGCACUUUAUCCACACUUCUACAUAUUUAUAUAAGGUAUAGGAGCACCCAUGAGUCACGACCAGUGGGGCUCCCACCAUAGUUUGGACUUAGUAUAUGUGAAGGGUACUGGACUUUUGGCGUCUUAAUGGAAUAUAGUGUGUUCUUUAAAUGUAUAUAUUUCCUCUAUUUUUGUAGUUUAUUCAGGUGUUGAUUUGUUUAAAGAUGUGUGUUAUUGAACUAAAUAAAUGGUCUUUUUAACAUGGAUUUUUUUAUAAUAUCAUUGUUUCUCCUGGUUCAGCAUACUUAAUAUGUUUACAAGCUACACGAUAACUAUCUUAUUGUAUACCUGUUGUCUAGCACCCUCUAGUGGAAUUUUAGGAUAUUUCUAAAAUUCUCUAAUUUUAUGAUAUAUUUUGUAUUAAUGUCGAGGAGUGGGUUCUUGAGAGCCUGCAUUCACCCGGUGCUUUCCUAAUAUUCUUAUAUAUCAAUUUACUUUAUACUCAUAUAAGUUAUGCCUAAUAUACUUGUAUAUUAAUUUACUUUAUAACUUAUAUUGAUCACAUAGCUAAUUACCUCAAAUAUUCUGAGAGGUUUUAGAUACAGAGAUAUCCCUGUUCUUCUCCAAUGGUAAGAUAGGCAACCUUCGUCACUCCAGAUGUUGUGGACUACAUCUCCCAUGAUGCUUUGCCAGCAUCAUGGCUGUCAGAGCUUUAUAGUAGAUGCAGUCCAUAACACCUGGAGUGAUAAACAUUGCUUAACCCUGAUUCCAUACAGUCAGGGAAAUAUAAUGACUUGACCUUACCUUAAUAUAUAUAGCUAUUGCCCUGUGGUCAGCCUCUUAAAAAGUCAUAUUUACUUGUUAUGUUUGCACCUUGUUUUUGGAUGACAUUGUUAAAUUUAUUUCUGCAUUUUUAUGUUUACUAUAUUUCUUAUUUCAAAGCUCUACUUUGCUAAAGUGCUUUGCAUUCAAAAUAUAUCUUUACAUUUUUUUUCCUUAUUCGACAUCUUAUUUAAUAAAUUCAAUAAAACUAUUUAUAUAUGCCUAUUUUAGACUGAAGAAGAAUCUAAGUCUCAGAGCUGCCUUCGCUUGAAUGGGAAAUUCACACCAUUGGGCCAUUCCCGGAACUAUUACAGAAAACCAGCCAACAUUCCAGAUGAAGUUGACUAUAGGAAAACAAAAUGUGUGACUAAAAUUAAACAGCAAGGUCUUUGUGGCUCAUGUUGGGCAUUUGCAACGGUAACAUCAUCAAUAUAUUGAUGUGCACUUAGCCAUUGAGAUAGAAGAAAAUAUUAUGCCAUGUCUUUAAUAUUCUGAAAAGGGGUGUAUAAAAUUAACCAUUUGCCUCGCAUACAUGUGAAUAUAUGCAAUAACUUUUAUUUUGCAGUGCAAAGUAACUCAAAAUUAAAUUCAGCAGCUUGCAUCUUUUCCUUUGCUCAACUGGAAACAGCUUUUACUUCCAGGGCUCCAUUUCGAUACUUUUUAUCUCUGAAACAUUUGUAGGUAAAACUUAAUGGAUUCAUUCCAACAACAAGACAGGGGUCAGGAAUGAGGGCUCCUCUGAGUUCACUACAGGGAUUCCCUAUAUAAACAGUGUUGCUUCAUUAUUAUUAUUAUUAUUAUUAUUAUUAUUAUUAUUUUAUUAUUUAUAUAGCGCCAACAAAUUCCGUAGCGCUGUACAAUGGGUGGACUAACAGACACAUAAUUGAGAUCAGACCACUGACGUACAGGAACAGAGGGGGUUGAGGGCCCUGCUCGAUGAGCUUACAUGCUAGAGGGAGUGGGGUAUAGUGACACAAAGGGUUAAAGUAGGGGAAUUAAAUAGUUUGUUACAGAAGGGUUUAUUGAGUGCUUGGUAUUUACUUUAUUUUGCUGUUAUCCCCCCAAAAACAGAUAUGAUUGUAACAAUAUGUUCCCAGUUAUAGGAAGCUGCAUUCCCAACACAUUUGGCCAAUUUCGAUUCUAUGCUUAUAUUUUAGACCUUUUUUGAAACAUGGCAAGAUUAGGCAUACAGUAUAAUGUCAAAAACUUUAAUUGACCUCAUCAACAACAACAACAACAAAAAAGAUAUCCCAGAACUGAAUGCUGUGAAUUAGGUUAACUUUUUAUCCUAAUUUUCUAGCUAUCCUUUCUGUUUCAAAUUAAUAUUAUUCACUUUUUUUUUUUUUUUUUUUUUAAAGCCUAGUGGUCUGCUAUUGGUGGAUGUUGGUCUCUUUUGGCCACAGAUCUCUGCAGUUGAUGGAGGAGGCAGGUGGAUAUUAGUGUUUUUUUAUUUGUAAUUUAACAUCAGCCACAUGCUUAUCAAAUCAGACAGCUGUUGUAAAAAAAAAAAAUAAAAAGAUCAGAAGUAUAGUGCUCUGCCUGGCUACUUAAUGGGACUGUCAGGAGGGGAUAAUGAAUGGUGAGCACCUCUCUACUAGUUAGGUACCAUGAGCACUGUCUGCCAAUUAAUUAGUCUCUGUCUUUAAUAAACUGACAUUUGUGUUUUCCUUUUUGAAAGCACAGGUAAGUGUAAAACAAUGUUUAAACGGUUUGGCGUUUUAUACUUGAGAUGACAACAGAACUCCUCUGACACCAUAAUUGUUACAAUGGGAUGUAGAUUUGCUAGUGAUUGUUGUGUUCCUCUUAUUGUGUUUUGUACUUAUUUCCUUUGCCCUUCUCAACCCAAUGAAGACUUCAAUAGCAUUUACUGGGAAAACUGAAUUUAGAACUAUUAACAUCCCAAAUGUGACAGUUGAUCUUUUAAUUCAAAGUAACCAGUCAUAGAAAAAUAGAAUGUGACGGCAGAUCAGAACCAUUCGGCCCAUCUAGUCUGCCCAAUAUUUAAGAAAACUUUUAAUCAGUCCCUGGCCUUAUCUUAAGUCUAGGAUAGGCUUAUGCCUAUCCCACGCAUGCUUAAACUCCCUCACUGUGUUAACCUCUACCACUUCAGCUGGAAGGCUAUUCCAUGCAUCCACUACCCUCUCAGUAAAGUAAUACUUCCUGAUAUUAUUUUUAAACCUUUGCCCCCUCUAAUUUAAGACUAUGUCAUCUUGUUGUGGUAGUUCUCCUUCUUUUAAAUAUAGUCUCCUCCUUUACUGUGUUGAUUCCCUUUAUGUAUUUAAAUGUUUCUAUCAUAUCCCCCACCCCCAGUCAAUAUAAUUAUAAAUAUUAUGUAAAGUCUGUUUUCAUAGUGUUACUAGACGCACAAAUCUUAAAUAUAGCAUUAUGUUGUGUAUAGGUCAGGAAAGGGUACAGGGAAGCAGCGCCUUCUUGUCCUCAAACUUGUAUGGUGGUGAGUCAGUAUGGAAAAUAUGAGGACAGAAAACAGAUUAUAUUGUAGUAUAUUCUAUAGGUGCUGAGGUAAACUAAGAGAAAUGCCACUUAUAAUUUUCUGCAGCUUAUGUUCAGCUCCAGAUAUAUGAACCUGGGCGGUAUGAUCCCCGCCUGUGGAUAUGUAGUUCACCUUGUUCCUUGUAGAUGGUAGGUCAGGGUCAAGCAUCAGAGUGUCGAGCGCUCCCGGGUAUUUCCCUCGAUAUUGCAGUGUCACAGAUAUUCACCAAAUACAUAAAAUGAGAAUAAAAACAGAAAAAUAGUGCUCUCUGUUUUGUUGUUAUAAAAGCAAAAUAAAAGGAGAUAUACUCAGAAAAGGAGAGGAAAAAUUUGGUUUUUGCUUAAUCCUGAGUAGCGUAGGUGGUUUUCUCCCCACCAAGGAGGCAGAAGGUGACUCCUCCGGAUAAGAUUUUCAGAGAUAAAAUCAGGAAGGUCCAGGUAAGGUAAAAAACUAGUUUUAUUAAAAACAAAGAUAAUAAAACCAAUAACAUAAAAACACUAAUGCGUUUCACUCAAGGGGCAUUUGAAAAAGCUCCUUUGGGUGAAACACAUUGAUGUUUUUAUUUUACCUCACCACCUAUAGAAUAUACUACACUAUAUUCUGUUUUCUGUGCUCAUAUUUUCCGUACUGACUCACCACCAUAUGAGUUUGAGGACACCCUGUACCCUUUCCUGACCUACACCUAUUUACUGCCAGAUAGAAGAGAUUCUGGUUUGGGAAGUACCAGCUGCCAUACCCAGAUCUAACAAGUGCUAGGAACCUUACCAUCGCACGUAUUAUGUUGUGUAUAUUCACAUUCUUCAUUCAUCGAUUCAUUUAUUUGUAAUAACAAUGUGUCGAUGGUUCAAUUUCUUUGCAUAUUUUAAUACAUUUUAUAAUGAUCCUUUAUGGAAAUUGCAUUUUAAGGUGGGCGUUCUUGAAACACGUUACUGCCUUGAAAAAGAUGAGCUACCUGUGCUAAGUGAGCAACAACUUGUGGAUUGCGAUGAUGAAGAUGAAGGUUGUUGUGGUGGAUUACCUGUUAACGCUCUUGCAUAUGUUUCACACAAUGGUAUCAUGAGGAGCAAAGAUUAUGAGUAUGAAGAAAAGGUAUGUCCUUUUUUUUUUUUUGCCAGUCAAACGUGUACAGUGGCAGACAAGCUAGAUAAUACUUGCUAUUUACAUAGUUACAUAGGCUGUAAAGAGACACGUAUCCAUCAAGUUCAGCCUCAUAUCUGUUUUUUGCUGUUGAUCCAAAAGAAGGGAAGAAACCCAGUUUGAAAAAUCCUUCUUGAACCCAGAAAUUACAAUCAGAUUUAUCCUUGUAUCAAGAAGCUAUUACCCUACAAUUUAAAUAUUAUAUCCUUUAAAAUUGUUUUUGCAAGUAUGCAUCUAGUUGCUGUAGUUGCAGUUUAAACAUCCGUACUGACUGAUUAAACGACUUCCACAUCCUUAUUGUUCUUACUGUAAAAAAAAUAUUUUUUCUUUGCCUUAGACCAGUGAUGGCUAACCUUGACACCAUAAAUUAUUUCUGGACUACAUUUCCCAUGAUGCUCAGCCAGCUUUUAAGGCUAGCUGGGCAUCAUGGGAAAUGUAGUCCAGGAAACAAUUUAUGGUGUCAAGGUUAGCCAUCACUGCCUUAGACUAAAUCUCCUUUCUUCGGUCUAAACGCGUACUAUGUGUGCGCGCAUUAGAGACUGUGGAUUGGAUUCUCUUAUUAAUUGUAAGGGUUUACUCUUCUCACUGAAUAGCAGCUGUCCCAUAAACUGCAAUAGGGGGAAUUGCCAAAAGCAGAGUAAACAUUUACUAUGUUAAGAGAAUCAAGCACUGUGUUGGGAAGUCACUAAUGUACUUAUAAUAUUUUUGCUACACUAUUGUUUUGUUUCUAAGCCGUGCUCCAAAUGUAGAUUGUUUUGAUUGAAUUUGUUAUAAUUUCUGAGUAUUGGCCUUUAGGAGUUCGAUAGAAUGAACCUUCAUGGGCUUAACAUAAAAAUAUUUGAUUUUGUUGGUUCUAAUAUUAAACAUCUGGAGACACUAGCCAUGCUUAUAACUAUUCAUCCACAAAUGCCUUUAUUGUAUAACAGAUAAAGUAGCAUGCAGAUCCCAAUUAGGAGACCACACUGCACAUUAACAAAGUUUUCUCAACAAUAGUUUAAUCAGCUGACCAAAUUUGGAUGCAAGCUAUAUUCUAAUGGAAAGCAGCCUAUCACAGAAAAACUAUUCAGGCUGAGGCUGUCUGACUAUGACUCCCAUUAUUUUUAUCAGCUUGUACUACUUUAUUCUGUAGGUUGACCAAGUAUCAUAGUACACAGCUAUGAAUGUGCCGCAAUUUGCCUCUUCUCCAAAGCAUCAGACUAUUGCAAGAAAUGAUAUUGCCAACAUUGUUAAUCCAUUUAUUUAAUAUACUUACAGAUAUCACUCUUUAAUUUGAUUGUAUUUUUAUUAAUUCUUCCUGUUUCUGGUUAGCAAGCUACGUGUGCAUAUAAAAAUGAUAAAGCAAUUAUGCUGAAUGUGACGAAAUUCUAUAUUUUGCCUGGAGAAGAAAAUAUGGCAGUUUCUGUAGCACUUAAUGGACCCAUUACAGUUGGAAUUGGAACUACUCAAGAAUUUCAGUUGUAUAAAGAAGGUAAUUCAUUGACAGUCAUAAUAAUGCAACUGUUAACAUCAAAAUAGAGGGUUCAUUAACUGUGUUCAUGAUAUUGGAACUUUUAUAUUUAGGUAAUUGUAUUGAUAUCAGGUCUAAACAAAGCUCUUUUUUUGUCUCCUACAAAUGUCUCCAUUCACUAAUCGUCAUAUGGGGUUAAAAGGCCAUGUCUUUGGAAGACAAAAACCAAACCAGUAUUUACACUCACUCAUAUAAGAUGUUACAAUACACUUAGCAGCUAAAAUCAGCAAACAUCAGCACUUACAGAUCCCACUAAACUGAUUGAUAAAAGAAUAGAAAGCUUUUAUGAGCUUCUAAAAUUGAAGUAUAUCUAAAAAAAAAAUUAGAUCAUCGUGGGUUUCCUCCAAGUGUAAUUUUCGAGUCACCAACUCCACAUUUCAGCCUUUUCAUCAUGACUUGAUAUACCACAGUGACUUGAUAUACCAUGACUUGAUAUACCACAGACUUCAAUGUGUUUGACUUCCAAUUAACUUUGGCUAGCUAAAAUGCAGGUCUUCUUCAUGAGUGAACCUCCAUGAUUCCAUUACAGUUUUUAUAGAUAUUAUUGAUAUGGAUAUUGAAGAUAACUGAAACAAACACAAAAUGGUUUACCUUUAAUAACCCCUGCAAACAAGACAGAAAAAAAUAUUGAGAGCUACUAGCUUUUUUGAUCGAUAGUCUACUAGACAAGUAUAUGCCAUCUAACAGUGAUCUGUGGUCCCUAGACUCUGUCAAUGUGAUCAGAAUUAGAGAAUGCCUCUGUCUCAGGGUGUAUAUAUAAGUUCAACCCAAAUGUAUUAGUUCUAAUUAGUAAUUACUAUUAAUAUUACAAAUUAUAAUAUAUUCACACACAUUUCACAGUAUAACACACAUCACAAUUUAUUAUUUUUAGUUUGUUUUAUAUUUCCUCUGUCUCCUCAAACUUACCUUCCUCCUAUUUUUUUCUUUUUCUCUUCCUCUUUCAAAAUCAGUUCUUCUUUUCUUAGUUAAACUAGGUAAACUAGAAAAAUGGUCAGAGUUGUGGCAGCUGACCUUUAAUGUGGAUAAGUGCAAGAUAAUGCAUCUUGGACGUAAAAACCCAAGGGCAGAGUACAGAAUAUUUGAUAGAGUUCUAACCUCAACAUAUGAGGAAAGGGAUUUAGGGGUGAUUAUUUCUGAUGACUUAAAGGUAAGCAGACAAUGUAAUAGAGCAGCAGGAAAUGCUAGCAGAAUGCUUGGUUGUAUUAGCAAUAGAAAGAGGGAAGUGCUCAUGCCAUUGUACAGAACACUGGUGAGACCUCACUUGGAGACCGUAUCUUCAGAAGGAUAUUGAUACCUUAGAGAGAGUUCAGAGAAGGGCUACUAAACUGGUUCAUGGAUUGCGGGAUAAAACUUACCAGGAAAGGUUAAAGGAUCUUAACAUGUAUAGCUUGGAGGAAAGACGAGACAGGGGGGAUAUGAUAGAAACAUUUAAAUACAUAAAGGGAAUCAACACAGUAAAGGAGGAGACUACAUUUAAAAGAAGAAAAACUACCACAACAAAAGGACAUAGUCUUAAAUUAGAGGGACAAAGGUUUAAAAAUAAUAUCAGGAAGUAUAACUUUACUGAGAGGGUAGUGGAUGCAUGGAAUAGCCUUCCAGCUGAAGUGGUAGAAGUUAACACAGUAAAGGAGUUUAAGCAUGCGUGGGAUAGGCAUAAGGCUAUCCUAACUAUAAGAUAAGGCCAGGACUAAUGAAAGUAUUUAGAAAAUUGGGCAGACUAGAUGGGCCGAAUGGUUCUUAUCUGCCGUCACAGUCUAUGUUUCUAUGUUUUUAUGUUUCUAAUUUCUGAUCUAUUUUCCUUUAAAACAUAUGUAUUUUUCUUACGCUUGACAACCUUGAGAAAGGGUGGACCUGAAGCAAUAAGGCAAGCUCCACAUCCUUUGUCAAGAUUUGUAAGGCAUGGGAAAAAAAUAUAUAAGACAAAGUAGUCCCUACUGAAUGAAGAAAAGAACAAACUUUGUAAUAGAGAGAGAAGAGAAAACAAUAGGAGAAAGGCAAGCUUGAGGUGACAGACACUUUAAUGUAUGUAUCAUUACAAUUAAUAACUAAAUCUAUUAGAUUCACACGCAUCACACAUUAUAACAGAUUCCAUUCCAGUAUUACCUCAGUUGUACUAUUUAAAAAAUACAAUCAUUGAAAAAUCAUACAUUUUAAUUUAGGAAUAUAUGAUGGCGCUUGUGCUGCACAGCCAAAUCAUGCAGUAAUUAUUGUCGGUUAUGGGAGUGAAAAGGGUGAAGAUGAUGAAGAAGAGCAAGAUUACUGGAUAAUUAAGAACAGGUAAGAAAUUAUUAACAUUUGUAAAAAUUUUAUUAUAAAUGUAAAAUUUUUAUUUUUAAACUUGGCAAUAAGAGGGUGAUGUUUGAGUUCACCUGUUCCAUACAAUACAUUAUACAUUGUAUUUUAUAUUUAUUAUUAUAUUUAUUCUGUUUAUUAUCUGUAGAGAUUCAAUAUGUUUAGGCUUAUUUUACAAAUGCUAAGCAAACAAUAACCCAAACAAAGUGUGAUCAACAAGUCAAGAUCAACAAAAAAAGGGAGAAGAGGUUCCUUUUCAAGGGGUCCUGAGCUUGAUUUCUGUAGAAAGAAACAUAUAAGUACACGUGAGACAAAACAUUCUAAUGCUAUACUGAAAUGUUAAGUCAAACUCAAGAGUCAAGAUGUUAUUUUGAUUGGUAUAAAGACUGUUAAGAAUUUAGCAUACAAAAAGGGGAGAGUUGAGACAGACGUUGACAGAGUAGUUGGGUUUCAUUGGCGGAUGUUUAAAGGGAUUCUCCAGUGACAGGAAAACAAUCCCAUUUUCCUGGCACUAGAGGAUCAUGGAGUACCCCCCUCCCUCCCAUCCCCCAUCUCAUGUUGCUGAAGGGGUCAAAACCCCUUCAGAUACUUACCUGAAUCCAGCGCCAAAGUCCCUCGGUGCUGGGUCAGGUUCCACCCACACUCCUUCCCUACAAGCUGGCGUGGCAAUGGCAGCACGCGCAUUAGACCUCUUCAUAGGAAAUCAAUAUUCAAUGCCUUCCUAUGGGGAAAAUCUGAUGCUGGAGGUCCGUGAGGACAUCCAGCUUUAGAUAACAGACCAAAACUUUGUUACGAAUCUGGAAGCACCCCCAGUUGCUGUCUGUUAAACAGCCACAGAGGGCAAACUUAGAGCUGCAAUGUAAACAUUCUGUGGAACUGCAAUGUUAUACAUUGCAGCACUAAGUGCAAAAGGAAUACAGCACCCAGACCACUUUAAUUAGCUGAAGAGGUCUGGGUGCCUACAUUGUCCCUUUAAGGAUGAGAUUGAGAACAUGUUUGAAGAAUUACGGAAUGACACCAGAAGAGAGAGAGACUGGGGUGGAAAUGUGUGUUUAGCACUGAACAAGUAUGAAGGACAAGUAAUCAAGUAAGGUUUGGGGUUUAUAAGAGGAUCAAAGGAGAACAUACCUUGCACCUAUUGGGAAUCAAUUCAAGAUUCUAACACUCUCAUACAAAGCUCUUUACAACUUUAACUUUUUAAAUGUUGUUGCUAAUUGAUAAGUACACCAUUCACGAUCCCUCCGCUCUGCCAGUGACCUUCCACUGUCCUCUGUUCAUACCUGUACUGCUAAUUCUCAUCUACAAGAUUUCCUAUGAAUCAAACUGCCUUCCUCCAGAUUUUCCCUAGUCUUCAAUCCUUUAAGAAAUCAUUUUAAACAUAUCUUCUGAUGAAAGCAUAUAGCCUUCCUAUAGCCUUCCUAAGUUAUUUGAAUUCCUUACAGAUGUAUUCCCCUUCUCUUCUAAAAUAGUCUGCAAUUUAAUAUUUUUGAAUAAGUUGGUCAAAUGAUUUAACAUUUUUGGAUGAACUUUUAAAAAGAUUAAAUCUUUUUAAAAUACAUUUUAAUAUGGUAAUAUUUUUUAUAUAUAAUUUAUAUAUGAAAUGUUUUUAUAUUUUAAUAUUUUGAAGCAAUUAUUUUAAACAUUUGAAAAGCUUAUCGAGAAAAAAUAUAUAUUUUCUUAACUCUUCAACUCACCUAUCUAACUUUAUACUAAAUAUUGUCUUUCUUCUUUUGUGUUUAUAACUCACCCACUCUAGAUUGUGAACUAAUCGAGCAGGGUCAUCAAUAACCUCUUGUUUCCUUUUAGCAUUUGUGAUUGCUAUAUUACAGUAUUAGUUACAUGCUGAAAAGAGACUUGCGUCCAUCAAGUUCAGCCUUAAAUAUUCUCUCAUUAAAAAGUGCUGCAAAAUAUGUGGACAUAAUAUGAAUGCUAAUAAUGAGAAUAUUGUAAUAUUGUUCUCAAUGUCUGCUAUCAAUUUAACAAUGUCUAUAUUUUGCAGGAUAAACCACAUGCAUACGGUUGCAUUGUGCCUUUAAGUUACACACUCCUAAGUGUACAGUGUAAAUAUAUAAAUAUUGUAUAAAAAUGUAUACAAACAAAAGGAUUGAGAUUGCACUAACAAUUAUUUGAAAUCAAUUCCAUAUCAGAACAUGUAAAGAAAAGGAGAAAGAACAGAAAUAUUAUAAAACCUUUAGCAAUAAACAAAUAUAAAAAAGGAAAAAUGGUCACUAAGAAACAUAGAGCAGAUAAAGAACUGCUCAAAACAUUCAGGCUCAAUUGAGAAGCACUGUUUUUGCAAGUAUUUAAAUAUUAACCUGAUGUUAAAUCAGAUCAUAACAAAUCCUGAUUCUAUUCAAUACACAAGACUUUUAUGAAUAAACCAUAAAUAAUAUUGUGAUUAUUAUCACUGAUAAAUAUGUUUAUUAUUUUAUCAUUUAGUUGGGGUGAAGCUUGGGGAGAAAAUGGUUUUGGAAGAAUAAAGAGAAAUGUAAACCAGUGCAAUAUAGCCGACAUGGCAUCUACUAUGGAUUUCACAAUGCCUUGA